CAUGAUCCUCGUGUGCAGAAGAAUGCUAGCAGGAGCUGCUAUCAUUCUGGUUCUCUGUCUUUCUUACGGAGAGUCCGUAAAUAUCCUAGAACAAGAGCCAACAAGUAAUAGCUCCUGGACCAUGAAUGUAUCCUCCACAUACUCCCUUUCCAUCUCUUCUAUCGUCCUGUUGUAUGAAAAACUCUUCGAAUCACUUCAGCUAGGAUCAGCAGUCAACAUAAGUGACCAGUGUGCAAAUGCAACCCAUCUUUUGGUACAGGCAGUGCGAGCAGAGGAAUCGUGGGCUCUACGCAUGAUCGAUGCUCUCGGAAAGCCCUCUAGCGGCAUACUUCAGGGAAGUGUGGUUUUUCUGGGCUAUUAUUCGGAAUGCGUGAAGACAACAGCUAUUCUUCCAGUAGACGGAAAGAGCUCUAUUCCGUUUCGAGGCAAAUACUGUUUACCAACGUUAUCGUUUGGAGCUUCUACUUCAACGCUUCCUAAGGGAAUACUGGGACCUUCUUACAAUGUAUUGAGGUCGAAUAACCCCAAGAUAGGACUUUGUGUACCAUCGACAUGCUUUAUGGAAGACGUGUCCCUUGCUUUUAAUAAAGAGAGGUGA